AUGUUCCCCAACGGCCAACCGUCCACCUCUAACGUUACCGCAACCCCAGAUCUGUUGUUUGCCGAGCUUAAUCUCUGCGUCCGUCUCGUCCAUUUUGCCUUGGCCUCUAUUCUGCGCAGAACUUCAGAUCACGUCUUCCCCUCGGCAUCAAAGGCCAGUGACCAAAGCGGGCAAAUGGAAGGGCCCUCGCUCUCAGCAAGACCCUCGUUGCCAACCCUGCCAUUCUCGCACACGCCCCAAGACCACUUCAUCGCUACACGCCGGCCGACGAGCGUUCGCCAUCGCAGCCAGAGGGCGAGGCUGCAGCCAAGACCCAGAACCUCCGCAUCCAUGUCGCUGUCGCCUGUGGACCUGAACCCCGCCCCGGCUGGAACCGGCAGCAGAGCACCGCGCGCGCAAUCCACCGAGACGACGUCGUCGACUCCAGACCUUGGCCGGCCACGACGGCCGACGGUGCAGAGCGAUAUCCAGGAGACGAUCCAGCACCCGGGUACUGUGCGCAUCAACGUCCAGGGCGCCUUCAUAGUCGAUGAGGAGCAGCCGGACACGCCGCAGAGCGAGGACUAUGAGCAUGACCCGAAAGACAUCCGUCUCCCGAAUCACACAACGGUCGUGAGCCAUAUAGCGGUUGAUGCCACGGCUUGCGCCCAGCUUGGACUCCUCACCACCAUGAACUUCAGAGGUGUAGCAUGCUAA